AAGAAAUUAUCAAUACAAUGGAAAAUCAAUACUUUUUCAAAGCCGAAGAAAGCCCAGAAAUCUUCACUUUCCAGGAAGACAGUGUCUUUCUGGGUAGAAAAGACUCGAUUAACAUCGAUUUUUCGAGCCAGUUUAAGAUUCAGCCAGAGGAGCCAAACUUCCACAGCUUCCCUCAGGUUCCUAUUCAGUCUCUAGAAGUGCCCCAGGAGGUGAAAGAUCAAGCUUGGAUGACUCAGAAGGCUCCAGCCGAAAUGGCUACUCCUAUUGACAUUUACGAAGAGACUAAGGAACAGAGUGUAGUUCCAGACAAAAAUGACAUUUCUUCUCAGGAAUCACCAGCAAAGAAAUCUAAGAAAGGAAAAACUACAGAUUUUGCCUAUCUCCUCGAAAGAAAAUCUUUCAGGAUGAUGAGGAAGUACUACAAGGAGAAAUUUGAGUUCGACAUUGAGGAUCCUGACUAUAAGAAGAAGUUACCAAAGAUGUCAGCUGAAGAAAUCAACACUUUGGUAUCAGGAUUCAUGCAAAAGGAAUUAGGGCAAAUCCUUCUCUGCCUUCUUACCGAGAGUGAUUAUAACAGGAUCAGAGAUGCACUUAAGACCAUAAUCUUCUGUGAUAGACAUAAGAAGAAGGAAGAUAUUUCUGAAGGACUUGAUUUUGUUCCUCUCAGAAACGUAUUGCACAAGUAUAAUACAAGAAAUUUAAUCGAGUUCCUUUCUGAUGCAUCCAAUUCCUUCCUCUAUACACAUUUCUUCCUCAAGGACGGGAAGAAGUCUGCUAAUGAGCAGUCAGAUAACGAUGCUGGAAAGUUACUUUCGAGAAUGAGACAUCUGAUGAAAGAAUCUUUAAAUUAUCUGCCAUCAGAAAUCAAUGAGAUUUUUGAGAGUAUCUAUGCCUCAAUUUUCGAAUAAUCAUAUUUAAUUGACCUAAUGAUAUAAUAAUUUUAAC